AUGCCUCCGUAUAGAGCGUUGCCGCCUUCAACGGUGGGGGGGCGCACUGCAUCCUUGAACACACCCACAGAGAGACGACUGUCUCGGCGCUACUCAUCGAGAGUGACGAUUGCGCGGGGAGAGCGGGUGGAAAUUGGAUACGCGCCUGUAAGAGAAAGCAUACCCGAAGCCGUAGAUACUACGUUCUCUUCGGCACCGACGAGAAUCAAGUACUCCAGAGGGGUUCUACACCAAGUUCAGGACCACAAAGGACCACCAAGGAAUAAUAUGCCGAGAAAUACAAAGCCAGCGAGAACCUCCCUACUCAAAAGAACUUUUAAAGGACUCGAGGGACUUCUCAAGACGAACAGCACGCGGAAAGCGAAGAGGGCAAAUACAAAGCUCGCAGUAAGCAGAAAGGCCAAUUACAAGAACAGCGAGGCACAAGUUCGAUCUCGGAGUCCAAGUCGGCCACGACCGACGGUGGUUGAGUUGACCCGAUCUACCACACGCUUUUCGCUGGAGUCGGCCGGGGACACACCCCCGGCCAAAUUGAAGCCAUCUGCUACGCGGUUUCUGCUCGAUUCGGACUCGGACGGCGACAAGCCUCACCCCCUUCGGUCGAACCCGCCUGAAUCACGGUUCUCGUUCGAGUAUGGCGAUACCAUCCGAGCCCAAUCACAGCGUGGUCGUGUCGAAUCUCAGGAGCACUCUCGCGAGACUCGGGAAGAUAGCAGUCCUCUCGAAGAGCAGAACGCGAACACGCGACCAGAUGCACCAGCCCUAUCCAGGCUACAGGGCUCUCAUGUACGUAACCAUGAGUCUUCCGGGGCCGGGGAAUCGUCGUCGGUUGGCCUGCUCGGACGACUUCGAAUGCGCGCGAGACAUGCCCGUGAGCAUCUCGUGAAUGCUCGUUUGUUCCCGUCACGUGCGCCAUUCCCGCCACAGUCACCAGCCACCGCCGCUAGGACUCCUUCAUCUCCAUAUCGACCUCCACCUCCACCUCCGCCCCCUCCGGCCUCAUCGAUCACAUCCACACACGUUACUGCUGCUGCUGCAGUUGAUCCUAGGACCAGAGAAGAGACGCUGAAUGAGAAAGCCGCCCCAGUCGGUGCUGGCCAGGUCGAACGCAAACGAACCGUGACUUUCGCCGAGGCCAGAAUGGACAAUAGCAGGCUGUCGGUCCGUCCCCAAGAGACCAGCCAUGUCAAAACCAAAGCCGUGGAGGAUGCCCGCCAGAUGCAGGCCAAGGUCAACGAGGAAUGCAAGAAGACGGGCAAAGAUCCGCCUCCUUACGGGCUGGAAGAACUGAUUGGCAAAGGAAGCUUUGGUAGAGUCUACAAGGGGAAAGACAUGAAGUCGGCAGCUGUUGUGGCCAUCAAGAUCAUAGACAUUGACGAGAGUGAUACCGUCAACCCUCGAAAUGCAGACUCUUACAGCGAGUUUCUCAAGGAGAUCAAUGCCUUGAAGAUCUUGGGCGAGAACAAGGCCAAGAACAUCAAUCUUGUCAUUGAAGCUCUACCUGUCAACCAGGCCAUGUGGAUGAUCACAGAGUUCUGUGGAGGUGGAAGUGUUGCCACGUUGAUGAAACCAACAGCCCCCGGGGGGCUCAACGAAAAAUGGAUCAUUCCGAUUCUGCGCGAGGUUGCCGAAGCUAUUAAAUGGGUCCAUCAGGCCGGUAUAAUUCACCGGGACAUCAAAUGUGCGAAUGUUCUUGUGACUGAAGAAGGCAAUGUGCAAUUAUGUGAUUUCGGUGUCGCUGGAAUCGUUGAGAGUAAGAUUGAUAAGAGGUCUACUAUUAUUGGCACGCCGCAUUGGAUGGCUCCUGAACUCUUUGGGCCUUCGCCAAAUUACGGCAACGAAGUUGACAUUUGGGCUUUCGGGUCGAUGGUCUAUGAGAUUGCGACUGGUCUUCCUCCUAACGUUGCUAAUGGAAUUUCAUACGAUCGUCUUGGGAGCCACUUGAAGAACCAUACGCCCAGACUGGAGGGAGGCAACUAUUCGAAUAAUCUCCGAGAUCUCGUCGCGUACUGUCUCGAAGAAGAUCCGAAGGCACGUCCGCCCAUCGAUCAAGUGCAAAAGCACCCAUACAUUCUGAACACCAGCUCCUUAUUCCCUACGCAAACACUGAAAGAUCUUGUAGGGUCUUUUAAAGUGUGGGAGGCUCGGGGCGGCAGUCGCAAGUCUCUGUUCAUGCAUCAUGGUGCUGCACAGGGGUCAACUCCUUCGUACCCAAAUUCCGACGACGAGUGGAACUUUAACGCAACUGAGAUCUUCGAACAAGAUGUAUGGAACGGGUAUACAUAUAAAGAUGUAGUCAAUGCUUAUGGUCCAGGAGUAGUAUUCGCCGACGAGACGACGCGCCCAGUAGCUACCAAGAGCAGCAGACGACGCCCUCCUCCCGGAGCACUAUCACGUAUGCCUAUAGCUCCACUGGAAAAGAUUUUUGAUCCGAACACGUUAUCAAACUAUGAGGACAACAGUCGUGCUCACUACGGCGGACCCAUGAUGUAUUCAGGCUCAUUAGAUCGCUCAGGAGAUCUACCACUGCGAGACGAUACUGCCCAUGUAACAAUUCGCGAUACACUGAUUGAUCUUGAUGGCCUGGGUACAAUGAUAGACCUCGGUGGCCAUGAUGCCGAAACCGGACAGUCAAGCUUCCCGGACAUGAACACGAUCCGCGCCGACCGGAGAGCUAGAGAUGAAGACGAGGACGAUUACUCGUCAACACUACCAACACUACCCGAUUUUAGCAGACCUGCCUUGAGUGACCCAUCAGAAGUCAAAAACAACAGGCGUACCCAGGACUGGAAAUUUCCGAGCAUGGCCCCCCCCUCAUCCGCAGAUCCGGAAGUGUCAAGAUUUCCCGCGGCCCAGGAGGUUCCUCGUCCGACUGUGAUGCCAGGGUCGGAUGGACGUCCUGCAUUAAUCCAUCACCCUACGGAGCCCUUGGGCGCCUUUGGUGGGGCUCUCGGGCCAGUACAGCCAACAAAUCAUCGAAUUUCAGUUCGAGGCUCUUUAAUCGACCUUGAUAUGAGCAUGCCAAAUAUCAUCAAUGAUUUCGCUCGCCCGUCGACCGCCAAUUCGGAUGUGGGCUAUGGCAACCCUUUUGAGCUGGAGAAACAUGCCUCAUUCCAAAUGCCACUUACGGUCGAUCAAGGCGGCCGGGAACCCUCUAUAUACGUGUCCGAUGAGUCUUCGAUCCCAUUGAGCCUGCGAAAUGGCAACGGCUUCCAGGAUCUUGCUGAACUAUCCAAUUUCCCAGCUACUGAGGCUGAGGGCACCAAUGGUCGUGCUCGAGACAUGACCAGCUCUUACGAAGAUUCCGCUGAAAAAUACGAUGUCAAUAAUACUUCAAGCAAUGAUCACGGGGAAGGCAGCAACCAGGUACCACAAUACGAUGGAGCAGACGACUCGGAUUACCUGUCAAUGCCACCCGGUUCAGUGCGGUCUACGCAAGCAGUGACACCCUCACUCUUGGCCUCCUUCCCGGAUAGAUUCCCUGAACUACCAGCUCCUCCUUCUGAAGCAUCCCUUUCUGGAACCGCAUCUAUGCCGGAAAUGGCGCACGAGAUCACCCGGAUGGUAGCCGCCAUGAGCAAUCAGCUCGAGGAAUUCAAGAACAUCUACAAAUCGUAG